CUUCAACUACACGGAUAAUAUUCCGUGGUUAUUCGAGUAUAAAUAAAGAGGCAAAAUACAUGCUAUAUCACAACACAGCUUAUUUAUAAACAAAGCAGUAGUAAUCAGAAACAACUCAGUUCGGAUCAACAUGAAGGCGACAUUCUUUUCCGCUAUACUAGCCUUGGUGCUAGCAAUGGUACUUGCCAACUCCGUUGGAAAACAUUCUUUGAAGAGAAGAGAUCAUUGCACGGGGGCGAACGAAGAGUACGCUGAUUUGAUGUGCAACGAUGGAGAAGUAUCUGAACUUGAUGGCGUAGGUUGUGUAACAGGCGAGUGUAUCUGCGACCCGGAGUGCGAAUUCACUGAGGACGAUUUGGAAGAUUGCCCGGUGGGCUCACCAAGAAAGCACGUCGACAGCUGCCCUGUAGAUGAGUGUGUUGCUCCUGCCAUGUCGAAGGAGGAGAUGGAAAUGAUGGAAAUGAUUGAAGAUGGUGACAUGGAAGGUAUGGAUAUGGAAGGCAUAGAUAUGGAAGAGAUGAAGGAUAUGAUGAAGGAUGAUGAUGAUGAUGAUCAUAAAGAUCACGAGGAUGAUGAGGAGGAUGAUGAUGAUGAUGAUGAAGAUUACAAGGAUGACGAUGAUGAUAACGAUGAUGAUCAUGAGGAUCACGAGGACUAGAUAUAGUAUUGCCAAUCUCCUUGCUCACUCUCGACUAGUAAUUCAAUGCUAUAACUAUACGGUCUGGGGAGAUGUCAAACAUAAUGCGUCUACCAGCGCCCUUAGGGUCGUUUUAGAUAUAAACGUUCAAUAAAAGACAAAGAAUUCUGAAAAAAG